UGCAAAGUCAAUAUACAUUGGCAGCGGUUCGUAAAAGUGGCCAUAUCGAAAAUCACUUAUCUGCUUCAUAAAAGUUGAGUAGGCCUAAGCAUCUCAUUGCAGUCUUAUUGUCUCUACGCGAUUCCUUGCACGGACUCUGAAAAUAACUCUUUUACCAAAAAAAAAUAUAUAUCAUCGACCAGUUCGACUAUCAAGACCGUCUGCUGCAAUAUUUUUUAUUAAUUAACUGAGAAUCUUUUUAGUGCUUUAGAGAGAUUUAUAAAGAAAUACACGGGGAGAAUAUGGGUUCAUCCAGUGUGAAAACAUCUCUGUUGCUAGUUGUCGUGGGCUUGUCAACGCUCUUCGCCGUCACCGCGGCAUAUCAAAAUGGUGCACCAGAUACAGCUUGUGAUACUGCCACACCAGGGCAUGUAGAUCAGGGUACAAGCACGACUAUAGAUCCUGCAGAUAACGCCAAUAGCCCCUACAGCUUCACCGUUGAAGGCUCGGAGUACAAUCCAGGAGGUGAACUUGAAGUUUCGAUCACGAUCGCUUCUGGUACGGACAGUUUCCAAGGCUUCUUGUUGCAGGCUCGUAAGGUUAGUGAUGACACCGUGGUGGGGACUUUCACGGCACCCGACGAUGAAAUUGGAAAACUUCUCACGUGCAACUAUCCAGGCAGUACAGUCACCCACACCAAUAACACAGAGAAGACAAUGCAAACCUUUACGUGGAAUGCCCCUUCAGACUUAACAGGGAAUAUUACAUUCUUUGGUACUGUAGCCCUUGACCACGAUACCUUUUACGUGGGGCUCGAAUCAGACGAACUGACUGAAGGUGCCGCUGUGACUCGAGAGCCAACAACUGCCGGGGGUAAGUGUAUUGAAAUUCAUAGAGGGUCUUGA